AUGAGAAAAUAUUUUCUGCAUUUGUGGUUCUAUUUCUUGAUUUAUGUUCGAUGUUUAAAUUCAGAUUUAACAUCGUUUGACUUUUCUAUAGGUUUUGUGCAUGAAAACGCAAAGAAAUUUCGCUGUGAAGAUUGUGGAAAAGCAUUCCGUUUCAAGUGCAUAUUAGAACGUCAUCGCAGGGUUCACACGGGAGAAAAGCCAUUUCCUUGUCAGUUCUGCGCUCGAAGAUUCAGUCGUAAGCACAGUUUACGAGAGCACGUUAGGAUUCAUUCUGGAGAGAAACCUUUUACUUGCGACCAUUGCAAACAGAGCUUCACACAAAGACCACAUCUAGUAAAUCAUCUUCGCAUUCACACAGGAGAAAAGCCAUUCCAUUGUCAGUUCUGCGCGCGAAGAUUCAGUGACAAGUCUAAUUUACGACAGCACGUUAGGAUUCAUUCUGUAGAGAAACCUUUUACCUGCGACCAUUGCAAAUGCAGCUUUACACAACGCCAUCAUCUAGUAAAUCAUCUUCGCAUUCAUACAGGAGAAAAGCCAUUUGCUUGUGAUCACUGCAAACGGAAAUUUUCAAGGAAAGAUAAUUUAAUACGUCAUCUUCGCAUUCACACAGGGCAAUAUUUAUUGAUUUAUGUUCGAUGUUUAAAUUCAGAUUUAACAUCGUUUGACUUUUCUAUAGAUUUUAUGCAUGAAAAUGCAAAGAAACUUCGUUGUGAAGAUUGUGGAAAAGAAUUCCGUGUCAAGUCCAAAUUAGAACGUCAUCGCAGGAUUCACACGGGAGAAAAGCCAUUUCCUUGUCAGUUCUGCGCUCGAAGAUUCAGUGAUAAGUCUAAUUUACGACAGCACGUUAGGAUUCAUUCUGGAGAGAAACCUUUUACCUGCGACCAUUGCAAACGGAGCUUUAGACAAAGACAAAAUCUAGUAACUCAUCUUCGCAUUCACACUGGCGAAAAGCCAUUUGCUUGUGAUCACUGCAAACGGAAAUUUUCGAGGAAAGAUAUUUUAAUAGUUCAUCUUCGCAUUCACACAGGCCAAAAGACAAACUAAAUUUUCAAGACAAUUUUCAAGUUAUCACAGGAAACACCUUUCGAAUAAAUAUUCCUAUAGCCCAUUUUCGAAUUUUGAAUAUUUUUUGAAUUU